GGCAGGGACUGAGCCGGCCCGGCCCGGCCCGGCUCGGCGGCGGCAGCAGCACCAUGUCGGGCCCGAGCGCCGUGUCGGACCCGCAGCACCCGGCGCGGCUGCUGCGGGCGCUCAGCUCGUUCCGGGAGGAGACGCGGUUCUGCGACGCGCACCUGGUGCUGGAGGGCGAGGAGAUCCCGGUGCAGAAGAACAUCCUGGCGGCCGCCAGCCCCUACAUCAGAACAAAAUUGAAUUACAAUCCUCCAAAGGAUGAUGGCUCAACGUACAAGAUUGAACUUGAAGGGAUAUCUGUUGAUAUCAUGAAAGAGAUAUUAGACUACAUCUUCAGUGGGCAGAUCAGGCUAAAUGAAGAAACUAUCCAAGAUGUGGUACAGGCAGCUGAUCUCCUGCUGCUUACAGACUUAAAAACUCUCUGCUGUGAGUUUUUAGAAGGUUGCAUAGCUGCUGAGAACUGUAUUGGUAUUCGGGACUUUGCACUGCACUAUUGUUUGCAUCAUGUUCACUACCUUGCCUCAGAGUAUCUGGAAACUCACUUUCGAGAUGUCAGCAGCACAGAGGAAUUCUUGGAACUGACUCCUCAAAAACUGAAAGAAGUGCUGUCCAUGGAAAAGCUCAAUGUUGGAAACGAAAGAUACGUCUUUGAAGCGGUGAUUAGGUGGAUUUCUCAUGAUUCAGAAUCCAGAAAGGUCCACAUGAAGGAUGUGAUGUCGGCAGUGUGGGUGUCGGGGCUGGACGCGGCGUAUCUGCGCGAGCAGAUGAUGAGCGAGCCGCUGGUGCGCGAGAUCGUCAAGGAGUGCAACAACAUCCCCCUGACACCCCCGCAGCAGGGAGAGGCCAUGCUGGCCUCCUUCAAGCCCCGGGGCUACUCCGAGUGCAUCGUGACUGUUGGGGGGGAAGAGAGAGUAUCACGGAAACCAACCUCAGUGAUGCGGUGUAUGUGUCCUCUUUAUGAUCCCAAUAGACAGCUCUGGAUUGAACUUGCUCCUAUGAGUAUUCCAAGGAUCAAUCAUGGAGUAUUGUCAGCAGAAGGAUUUUUAUUUGUGCUUGGUGGUCAGGAUGAAAACAAGGGAACGCUAAGCUCUGGAGAGAAAUAUGAUCCAGACACCAAUUCAUGGAGUUCCUUACCACCAAUGCAUGAGGCACGACAUAAUUUUGGUGUGGUAGAGAUUGAUGGGAUUCUGUAUAUUCUGGGAGGUGAGGAUGGUGAAAGGGAGCUGAUCUCUAUGGAGAGCUAUGAUAUUUACAGCCGGACCUGGACCAAGCAGCCAGACUUGACCAUGGUUAGAAAGAUUGGCUGCUAUGCAGCUAUGAAGAAGAAAAUCUAUGCAAUGGGUGGAGGCUCCUAUGGAAAACUCUUUGAAUCUGUGGAGUGUUAUGACCCCAGGACUCAGCAGUGGACAGCAAUCUGUCCUCUCAAAGAGAGGAGAUUUGGGGCAGUGGCCUGUGGAGUUGCCUCUGAGCUUUAUGUAUUUGGUGGGGUCAGGAGUCGUGACGACAGCCAAGCCAGUGAGAUGGUGACGUGCAAAUCAGAAUUUUAUCAUGAUGAGUUUAAAAGGUGGAUUUAUCUAAAUGACCAGAACCUAUGUAUCCCAACUAGCUCUUCUUUUGUGUAUGGAGCUGUGCCCAUCGGAGCCAGCAUAUACGUGAUUGGAGAUCUCGAUACAGGUACAAACUAUGACUAUGUUAGGGAAUUUAAGAGGAGCACGGGCACCUGGCAGCGCACCAAGCCGCUGUUCCCCUCCGCCAACUGCAAACUCUUCCGGCUGCAGCUGCAGCAGGGAUUGUUCCGCAUCCGCGUACCUUCUCCGUGAGCCCGUGCUGCCAGGGGACCAGACUGGAAGAGUGCUGUGCAGUCCACCAUAAUCUAGCUCUAUUUAAAGGAAAAGCUGAGAAAUUACAGCUGAAAAUUACACUGUAUGCUGUGCUUUGGUAUGGUAACUGUUUUUGUUUUAAAUGCUUACAAAGCUUGAGUCUCAGUACUUGUUUCGGGAACAAAUAACUUAAGUACACAUUAAAGAGGAGAGAAGGGGGAAAAUAAAAGGGGGAGAUCAAGGAAACACCUUCAGUCGUAACCAUUUGGAGUUUAAACCUUGUUAUUGAAGGAGGAUUUUGUGUCUGAAACUGGUGGGAAUCUGUUUCCUUUGGCGAAGCUUAUUGAAAAGCAAAAACAAAAAAAGCUUUCAGGUGCGUUUCCCCUGCGGGGAACUGAUACGAAUCCAUGUGCUAUCUGGAACUGGAUAGCUGUAAUACACAGAAGCUACAUGACAACCAACCUCCCUGGUGUGCUGCUGUUGGAGCAUGAGGCCACAGGAGUUGUUGGUCAUUGCACCUUUUAUUUCUAGUCCUUUCUCAAAAGAUAAGGUCUGUGCCUAAAAAAUGGUGGAGGUGUGUACAUAUGGUUUUUCAUUGAUUUGCAACGGUUUCAUUCUGACAAAUAUUUUUAAUAUAUAUAAAAUGGACUAAUCUGAAAUGGAUACACCCCAGAAAAUGGAUACAGUACACCACAAAGAAGUAAACAGUUUUUUCCUACGCUGUCAUUCGAGUAGCCUGAUGAACUGGUCUGCAGGUGGGUGGCGUGUGCUUCUGGGUGGGCUUUGGUGGCUGUUUUCCUUCAAGUGAAAAGGAAAGACAUGUUUGGAACAGUUAGUGAUGAUUGCUGCUUUUGGUAAGAGCAAAAGGACAAACUAAAUAGAUUGUGUUCCUUUUUACUUCAGAUUGCUUGCAAGCUAAGAAUGGUUUUUAAGACUGAGGAUUGUAGAAAGGUGUAUUUUAUGUCUCUUAGAACAAAGGUGAAAUAUGACAAGGAUAUAUUUAUUUUGCAGAAAACAUGGGGUUUGGACUAAGAGUUAAGAAAAAUUUGUACAGUGACUUUAAAUUGGGAUCAAAAGUUGGUUUACUAAUGAUUUCUGUGCUACAGUACAGUCUUGUUUACUGCUGUCUGACUUUGAAAGCUGGGUUUUAUGGUGUGGUUAUAGUGAAGAACUUAGUAUCUUACGUUUUAUUUCUUACUAAGCCUUGUUCACAUCAGUAGUGAUAUUUAAUUGACUUUUUAUUUGUAGUCAAGAUCAGCUGGUAGAACAGUUUUACCUCAAUUUUUGAUUUUUUUGUUGUUGUGAUGGGUGGGACAUAACCUGUAUUUAUUUAAAAGGAAUAAAAUGGGAGAGAUGGAAAAUAGAAACAAUACCUCCUGCCCUUCAGAAAAAGAGACUUUGUACAACCAGUAUUAUAACUACAUACAAGACUUUCCACUCUGCAACUCUGUGGACCUCAGACAAGCCAAACUCUGCCCUCAGUUGUGUUAGUGUAAACCUUUGUCAUCUUUAUUGAAAUCAUCUUACAUAUGUUGAAAUAUGAUCCCAAACUAAUUCAAAAUAUUGGUAUUUCACUAAAUAGUCCUUGAAGAGCCAUUCUGAAACUUA